AUGAAUAUUAUCAAGAAGUUCAUGGAGUCAGGUUCCAAGCAGGAUUUGGUUAGUAUUCCUGCGGGCCAGCUUUUUUUAAUCAGAUCACGACAGUCUCCCAAGUCAUCCAGUGAGUGUUUGUACAAUGAUGCCACUUUAGCGAUAAGAGAGUCAGGGCGCUACGCGUAUGAGUUAGUUGUGAGGAAGUUUAUUGAAGAAGAGUUAACAUCACCUUUUAGUGGCGAUAAUGAUGAUGAUGAUGAUGAACUAAGUGUGCUAUCUGGGCAGUCCAAGGAGGAUGAAUGGGUGUUUAAGUUAGAUGCUACACUACAUCUACACAAGCAAUGGAACAGUUCAGGGGACUUGACCAUUGCAUGGAGGAAUACCAAAGGUGAUAAGGGUGAGAAGUUCAAGUUUGUAGUCAACUCAGAGAUAUCUUUUGGGGAUAUCGAACAAUUUUUGCAGUAUGUUUAUCGCUGCGAAUACGAAACUAAAUACCAAAGACCAUGUAAUAGUGCCAGUGAGCAAGAUUUGAAGCAAUUUGAUUUUUCCUAUUUGGCUACUGAUGAUGCGACGAUCUUAUUCAGUGAUGAUGAUGACGUUGGUGACGAUGAUGAAGUAGAACUGCGUGAGCCAGAAUUUCUAACAUCUAGAUUUACUAAUUUGUCUUUAAAAUCAUCCACCAGAAACAGCAGUGACGAAGAGGGUGCUGAUGAUUUAGAUGAUUUAGAAAGUUUUGUAGAUGCGUUGGAUGAAGUUUCAGAGCUGGUUGAAGAAAUGCCCUCCCCUCCUACUAAUGGCCCACAUGGGAUCAAGAGGUACGUACAAUAUGGUGAUUUAUUUGUUUAUGACCCUAUAGUGGGGGAAUAUGCGCCGCAGGAGUCUGGUGUCAAAGUUGCUAUUAUCAAAUUGUCUGAAUACGAGUACAGGUUGUAUAUAGAGGGCAAAGAACUAAUGCUAGAAACUGAAUUUUCCGUCAACAUGUAUCCAAUAUUGGACCCAAACACAGGAACAUUUACUUUCAACUAUAGUUAUGAAACGGUUUUACUAUCUUACCUUAUUAAAUUUAAAACUUCAGCUUUAUUCAAUCAUUUUCGAGUACACUGGACAAUCGCUCUAUGGGAAUCUUUAAACCGGCAACCAUGGUCUAAUCUUUCCGAAGUACAACAGCAAUUUGUUUUAAACGCAGCCAUUCAGGAAAGCGAGAAUAGUCCAAAGUUUAUUCAGGAAGAUAGAUACAGAGAGGACUUUUAUGAAACUUUGUCUGAAAAUAAACCAAAUACUGAACUCGAUGAAGACGCAUAUGAAUCUGAAACUGAUAGCGGUAGAAGUGUUACUGCUUCCUCUUUUAAUGAUAUUGAUGAUUAUGACGAAGACAAAUUGGAAAGGGAAUAUAGAGAAUCGACUUCUCUAUCAGGAAAUAAAUCAUUAACUAUUGGUUUUAGGAAUGAUCGUUCUUACGUUGUGAGAGGCAACAAGAUUGGUGUUUUCAAAACCAAUCCUGAUGAAGACUUGGAGUUUGUAACUUCAAUAAACAAUGUGUCAAAUCUAGAUGGAGAGAUUCUAUUUCCUGAAAAAACUAUGCUAUACACUGAAGAUCGUGCUAUGAUUAUUCAAGAUGAAAAAGAGAAAGAUAAAUUAUAUAAAAUGGAUUUGGAACGAGGGAAAAUAGUAGAUGAAUGGUCUGCCAACAAACAGAAUAUAAUGAACUAUGCACCAGUAAAGAAAUUUGAUCAACUUACGAAUGAGCAGACAUUUUUGGGUAUUUCAACAGAUUCCAUUUUCCGAAUGGAUCCAAGAAUUAGUGGUAAGAAUAAAUUAGUUACUGCUGAUGCCAAACAGUACCAUACAAAUAACAAAUUCUGUUCUAUAAGUUCAACUGAGUCGGGCCUUGUCGCUGUUGGCUCUGAAAAGGGGGAAAUAAGACUAUAUAACAAGAUAAAUUCACGGGCAUGCACUUUAAUUCCAGCCCUAGGGCAGCCUAUUAAACAUUUGUGUGCAUCUGCAGAUGGUAAGUGGUUGUUGGCUACAUGUCAGAGCAACUUACUACUAAUCGAUACAGAAAUCAAGACGGGUAAUAAUGCUGGAAUUUUGGGUUAUAAUAAGGGAUUUUCUAGAGAUAAUAUGCCUAACAUGUAUGUUUUAAGGUUGGAACCAGCAACUGCAAUGUACAUGCAACAGCAAAGUGGGCAGCCUAUAAACUUUACAAAAGCCACGUUCAAUGUAAGUCUAAAUGCAAAGGAGCACACUAUUUCAACUUCAACGGGACCGUUUGCAAUGGUCUGGAACCUCAAGGAUAUAUUGAGUGGGAAGAAAACCCCUUACAUUGUAAGAAAAUAUGAUUCUAACAUCAUGGAAGAAGGUUUUACUUUUGGUUCCGAUAAAAAUAUUGUCGUCGCAUUAAAGGAUGAUGUAUCUAUGGCCAAGAAACGAUCUUUCAGGGCACCUUCAAAGAAAUUAUUGGUCCAAAGUUCAUCAAAAAAACCAAAAGAUAAUAAUACAUCACACAAGAAGUAG